CUGUUUUGCAUCUCACUGCCCCUCCUCCAAACCUAAUGGCCGCCGCCCCCUCCUCCCAAUCCCCCAUGGUCGCCGCCUCCCGUCCGGUGCCGCCGCACCACACAGCCGGCGGUUGACCCCGCACCGCUGCUGCUCCCCCUCCUCCAACGCCAUCUCCCCCCAUCGACCGCCGCCUGUUGCCCCGUCGUCGUCCAACCAAUCGCCUCCGUCGCCGGCCAACGCUGCGCCGUCGACGUCCAGCCACCCCUCGUGUGCCCUCUAGCCAUUCUAGCGGCGCUUUCAUCCCCGACGACCGGCGCCCCUCGCAGUCUUGUAGUACAGCGCCCCCGGAGACUCGCAAUACAGUGCCACUUCGAUCCCCAUCGACCGGCGCUUCCAGCGCCGCCCCUUCGACGUCCAACAGUCCCCCUCGUCGUCGAGCCUCUCCAGCGCCUCUGCAUCGACCGGCGCGUCCUCGUCCUCCAGAUCCGACUCACUUCCUCGCCCUCGGUUUCCCUUCCAGCCCAGCGCCUCCAAAUCGACCAAAAAAGAAGGGAAAAUCAGGACGGUGUAGUUCUACGAAGACCAAGUUUGAGUGAUAGUGUUGCACCGCAGCCUCUCCAUUGACAGCAUUAUUGAAUGAUGGAGCGUGGGUGGAUGUAUAGUGGUUGGACUCACAGUAAAUCAACUGAUGAGUGGUAUAAUAAGACAAAGGAAUUCAUAGAUUUUGCCUUCUCUAUGCCAAGUGUAGUCCAGAAUGGAAAGAUUAAGUGUCCGUGUGCUAAAUGUCGAAACUAUGAGAGCAAGAACAGGGAUGAUGUAGAGUUAGAUUUGUGUCAUUUUGGUUUCAAGCGGAAUUAUACUGUUUGGACAGCACAUGGUGAAGGGUAUGUCGAAAUUACAGACUAUGUAGAUGUUGUGGAGGCUGAUCGAAUGGACACUAUGUUGAAUGAUCUAGCUGCACGUGCCCCCCCAAUUGAACAACAACCAAUAGCUUCAGCCCAAGCUUUCUAUAGAAUGAUUGAUAGUGUAAAAGAGUUGGUGCAUGAAAAUACAAGCCACUCAACUAUGUCUGCCAUAGCACGGUUGUUGACAAUAAAGUCACAACACAAUCAACCUGAAUCUUGCUAUAAUGAUACACUACAACUGAUCCAUGAGCUGCUGCCUAACAAUUCCUCACUGCCAAAGGACUUCUAUAGGUCAAAGAAAUUGCUAGAGGGUCUUGGUAUGCCAUAUCAUAAAAUUCAUGUUUGUCCCAAAAAUUGCAUGCUGUAUUACAAGGACAAUAAGAAUAAGCAAAAAUGUGAUUUUUGUAAGACCCCUAGGUACAAGGCUGGUUCAAAAAAGAUCCCACGUAAGGUGUUGCGGCACUUGCCUAUAAAAGAUAGGUUGCAGCGAUUGUUUGCACAUGAGGAGACCGCAAAAAUGUUGCGAUCGCACAAAGAAACUCCUGGUAAAAUGGUGCACCCACGCGAUGGUGAAGCAUGGCAACAACUUGAUAAGGAUUACCCAGACUUUGCAUUAGAUCCUAGGAAUCAGCGAGUAGUUGUAUCCACGGAUGGCUUCACUCCUUAUAGUUUGUCUGCUGCUUCUUAUUCAUGCUGGCCAGUGUUUGUGGUUCCUUUAAAUCUGCCUCCUGAAGUCAUAAAUCGUUCUGAGUACAUAUUUCUUGCUCUUGUUAUCCCUGGUCCUGAACAUCCUGGAGCAAAACUCAAUGUCCUUAUGCAACCUUUGGUUGAUGAAUUGACUGAGUUGUGGGGUGGUGUUCAAACGUGGGAUGCAUAUGGGAAGGAAAACUUCCCGAUGAAGGCAGCCUAUCUAUGGUCAGUCCAUGAUUUUCCAGCCUUUGGAAUGGUUGCUGGGUGGAGCACCCAUGGAAAAUUUUGUUGUUAUGAUUGUAUGAGUGAUACCAAAGCAUUCCGGUUAGAAAAUGGUGGAAAGGCUUGCUGGUUUGAUUGUCAUAGGAGGUUUCUUCCGAUAGGCCAUGAGUUUAGAACCCAAGCUGAUGCAUUUCGGAAAGACACAAUAAUAUUAGAUGAACCACCCAAGCUGAUGCAUUUCGGAGACGGCAGAAUCAUAUGAGAUAACUGAUCCGAAGGAGUUGGAGGUUCUGAAGAAGUUGGAGAAGAGGCAAAAUAAUCCUGUAAAUGAAGGGGAGGAAGAAGGAGAAGGAGAAGGAGAAGGAGAAGGAGAAGGAGAAGGAGAAGGAGAAGGAGAAGGAGAAGGAGAAGGAGAAGGAGAAGGAGAAGGAGAAGGAGAAGGAGAAGGAGAAGGAGAAGGAGAAGGAGAAGGAGAAGAAGAAGGAGAAGGAGAAGGAGAAG